ACGCAAAGAACGAUCCAUCUCGACGACGUCAUUUGUCCUCCGAUACGCUUACAUAAUUGCACUAGUCCUCUCCGAGCGGUCGAUCGCGGUGCACUCAGCUCCGAUCUCUGAGGAACAACUUCCGCUUUCACGAUAUUUACUUCUGGUAGCAUCAAUUGUUGUUAUUGUGGAAAGCUGAUUUAACCCAAUCUCACCUUCGCUACUCUCUAUCGCAUUCUUUGCGUGCACAGAGAGCUACGAUCGAAGAUCAAUCCAUACAACGGCAACGGCUCACCCCACACGAGGUACGCUCCAUCUGCAGCCGCCACCUGCGGCGAGCUUACAACACAACUAUCCCCUCCAUUUGGCUAGAUUUGUUCUACCUACCACUGUACCAUUGCCGGUUGAACCAUCGUCCGGAGACAUAACCCUGGUCGUUGUGUGCGAUCAUUCAUCACAAUUCAUGUUCUCAAAGUUCAUUGCAAUCACUGAUUACUCGGAUAGCCGACAAAUUACCGUCUAGCUUCCGCAGCUCCACCACCUUUCAAUUCCAUUCUCGAGUCUCGACAACGUAUUCGAUUGCGUACAAGUUUACAUAACUCGAACACGUCGGCGCCGUUGAUCUAUUCAAGCGCCGGCUUCAGAACCCUUCGUCAGUUAUUCAACCAGUGCGGACUGCUAACGACAAGUGCGCCAAUUGUCCUACGUCUUUGCGUCUUCUUAAGAAGGCACCAACCUUUCAAAGAAUUCCCAUAACGACGUGGGUUUUCGCAGCUUUCUCAAGAAACGACUGUGGGACGCCGAACGGUCAUCUCGACCCCUGAGAGACCGCUUUGCGUUCCAUCGGGUUCCCCAGCCCACCCAUACAUUUUAACCAACUCGAUUACAGGAAGUGAUAACGCAAUCGUUUCAUUCGUCUUGCCAUUUGGUGUCCUUGUCGGAGAGUCAUAUGGCCUGAGUUCAAUUGCCAGGUAUGACUAUGAACGACAGUUCCGGUCACGUUCGUCUUUCCUCAACCGGUUCCACUCGCGCUGCAUCUGCCACCGCAAUGUCGACGUCGAACCCAUGGAUUUUCGACACGAAGAAGCGGAAUCGUAUGUUGAAGAGAUAUCGGACUCAAGUGGCCUCUGCUACCUCGACGAUUUGUGCCACAUUGGCUGUGACACCUCUGGAAAAUUUAAAGACUCGGAUGCAAACUCAUAAUUUCCGAAAUCUCAAAGAAUGUGCGAAAUACAUAUGGCGUACGGAAGGAUUCCGUGGUUACACUGCUGGCUUUCUUCCCCCUCUUAUGAGUGUCACUUUCGUACGGGUCGUCAGCUUCAGUACAUAUCAAACCGUGAAAUAUCGCAUUUCUGACGAGUUUGAACGUGUUACCGGUGUCAAUCCUUUGGUUUAUUACAAUCAAACUGGCAGUAAUCCUAGUUUCUCGACGAUUACUACAUUCACCGUGGCUGGGAUGUGCGCAGGUCUCGCUGCAUCCCCAUUUGCAUGCCCCUUUGAAUUAGCCAAAAAUGUCGUGCAAACAUCGGUAUUAAUGUCGUACCGAUCUCAAGCCUCGCCAGAUGCCGUUCGAGAUCCUCGGGUACGCUCAUUACCGCGCUUGGGUACUAUCCAGGCUUUUAAGGAGAUUAUCAGUCGCCAUGGUUUCCGUGGCCUAUAUACCGGGUAUCAUCUCCAUGCUAUCCGCGAUACCAUUGGAACGGGACUGUACUUUGGAAUAUAUGAGACUGUCAAGCAGCUUAUUGCCAAGGAAAUGGGCAAACCAGCGCAAACUCCCUUUGGUCCUCCGAUGGUGGCAGGUGCACUGUGCGGAACAAUACCUUGGCUAGUUACUUACUCUCUCGACACACGAAAGACGCGUGCUCAGAGCAUCUUACUUGGCAGAACAAAGGAAAUUGGCGAAGCCUCAAUAGCCGUGUCGAGAUCCAGCAUGUACAAGGGUCUGUCUGUUUCUCUGAUGAGGACCAGUUUUCAGAACAUGAUCCUUUUCAGUCUCUUCGAAUAUACCAAGACUCAAAUCAACAAUCUUGAGACGUGAAUGAUUUCUGAUCAACGAAGUCAUUGAACCAUCAACGAACCAUUGAAAUAUUGAAUAUCAAGAGGUGGAAGACUAGGGUAACAUCGAUUCCAUCUAUUAUCGUUUUCAAGAAUUUUUACACAGAUAAGUAUGUGUAUCACGAUGUUUCUGUACAUACACAAGACCCUAUUUGGGUUCUGUAUGUUUAUUAUAUGAACUUUUGUAUCAUUUACUCCUUCACAUGUGAUGCGAUCGCUUGGCCGACGCUGGAAGGUCAAUUGGAUUGCACUUGAUUGGAAAACAUCAAGCUGGAAUGUAAAUCCACAGAAAUGAGUAUGAAAUUAUGAAUUAUUGCUGUCGUC